AUCGUGUGUUCUGGACGUCGACGGACCCAAUCAAUUUACUUGAAGGCUCCUUUGCCAUCGCCAAUAUACUGAGCGUCGGUCGUAUCUCCUAUUUGCUACCAGCCAAUGAGAUUCUUGGACCACUGCAGAUCUCACUAGGCCGUAUGAUAAAGGACAUAGCCAAAUUCGGAGCACUUUUCCUCCUAGUCAUCUUUGCUUUCAUGGUCGGUCUGCACAAUCUGUACUGGUACUACAGCGAGAGGAACGAAAUAGAGCUCUCGUUUCCCGAGAAACCAAUUAUCACAAACGUCAUGGCAGCGGAAAACUUUGGCGGAGUACUAGCAACGUUCCGAACAGUUUUCUGGGCCAUGUUUGGCCGUGGUGAGCCUGACGCUGUACAACUUGGCACAUACAACAACAACUUUACAGAGGAUAUUGGAUACAUCAUUUACGGGGCUUACAACGUUUGCGCGGUCACCGUUCUGCUGAACAUGCUCAUUGCUAUGAUGACGCGUUCAUUCACACUCAUUGCUGAAGAUUCAGACAGAGAAUGGAAAUUUUCCCGCAGUCUGCUCUACAUGGACUACAUCGGUAAUGGCGGUACUCUACCAGCACCAUUAAAUAUCAUUGGGGCUCCAAAGGCCCUCUUUCAAAUGAUUUUCUGUAACUGUUGUUGCUGUGGCAAGACUCAUGCUGAUAAUGAAGAUCAGUUUGACGAUCUAGAUGAUGCCGCAGACACGCCUAUGUAUCCAGCCCGUAAUGGAAAGGCGUCCAACACCAGAGAGACCAACAGACCAGCGACUCAUAAACAAGUUUCUAUAGAAAGUCCGGCUGGGAAUGCCCACCCUGGUGACGACAUUACACAUGUUGAAAAUGGAGAGAUGAAUGGCCGAGUGAACCCAGGUUUUGAUGGAACUCCAACCAAAUCAACACGAAGAAAUCCUGCCAAUACUGCAGUGGCAGUGGAGGCUGAAGAAGAAAAGUUAACAUAUCAACAAACAAUGCAAAGAAUCAUACAGAGAUACAUCUUUGACAUUCAACGUGAAAAUGAAGUCACAGAAGAUGACUUUGAGGAAAUCAAACAGGACAUUUCCAGCUUCAGAUAUGACCUGAUCAAUCAGAUGACAUCCAAAAAUCAGGUGGAAGAUGAGCUUAAGACUCAUGUCACAACAAUCAUUCAGCAGCUUCAGAAUCUUAAAGAAGAAUUUUCUUUAAAUGGAGGAGACAAGAAGCCAAAAUUAUUUGAAAAGAAAACGGACAAGCUGAAAGUUUUAGACUCAAGCCCCUUCCCAGGAAAUGAUAGCUGCUUGUCUCCACCUGUCAUUAAUGAAGACCCAGAGGGUUUGGAUGAACCAUCUGAAAAGAAUGUUGAAUAACUUUUUGUACAAAAUAGCUUUGUUAAUAUAAUUAGUUGUAAAUCUUUUAUGCUUUAAAAGUAUUUAUUACAGCUCACUUUUUCCUAUAGUUUGUGUUUUUAAUUGAUUAUAAAGUCCUGGAAUUUGUUUUUAAAAUUUUUUCUUAAUUUAAAAAAAAAAAAUUAAUUAAAUUGUAUCGCUAAAAGAUGUUAAAAAUUUCUAAUGUUUUAUUUGUUUAUCUUAAUUAGAGAUCUGUGAUGAAAGUCCUUUUUUUUGUUGGUUUUUUAAAUUAUUUUAUGCCUGAUAUUUUUACCUAAAUAUUAUAUCAAUGUUGCAUUUAUUGAAACUUAAAAUACUAUUUUUCAACUAAAAAGAUAUUUUUAAAAAGUAGAAAGAUUAAUUUUAAAUAACAAUUCAUAUAAUUUUUAUUAAUACUAUUACCUUAAAGUAUUUAGAAAGAUAAUUAAUAAAAUGUUUUUGAUUAUGGUAUAAAAAAAUUACAGUAUGUAUAAAAAAAAUACUGAACACAAUCAAAAGAUCUGUUUUUCUUGUCUUCCUGUCAUUGUGACAAUGUGUUCAGCUGUUAAAAAACUACCCACAUGUUCAGGUGAGAUUUGACUUUAAUUUAAAUACAAAUAUUCAAUUUUUUAAAACAGUGUUAUUUUUAUUCUCACUUUUGAGCAGAUUGCAUGUACUAUGUUAUGGAAAUUUUCAGUUUUCAUAUUUUUUAUUCUAUUGUUUAGUUUUUUUUCAAAAUUUCAAUCACUUUUAACUCUAAUUAUAUUAAAUUUUAAAAAUCAAAAUCCUUUGAGCUACCCCCCUAUGGAUCCACUGCAGAUUGCAAUGGGAAAAACAAGUAAAUCUUAAUCCUGUGAUUCAAUCUCAGUCUUGACUCAAAUAUUUUGGCCAUGUUUAUCAUGUGACCUUCUACUCUGGUUUGAUUUGGAGAUGUCAACAAUUUUGUGUGGCUCUCCUAAAAAACAUGCAGAUACUGAAGUAAUUGACAAUCACUGUUUAGUUAUGUAAAUCUAGACUAGAUCUAAACUAGCAGGGAUUUCAUGUCCAGUGCAAGAAAAUGUUCUCUUAAGAAUCACAAGUUGUCUCCAGCAGACCCAGAACAAUUCAAACACUGACAUUCAAUCUUUUUAUAAACAUUGUAGUCAGGGCCAUCAGACAACUCAAUGGUGUUUAGGACAUCUCUAGUUAUGCACAACACUACAUUUGUUUAAGAGGUCAAAUGUCUUGAGCUUGACUCAUCAAGUUGACUGUUUUCUUUUGCUUUGUGUACUCAAAAUUAAUACCUUAGCAUUCUUUUUAAAAGAUGUUUUUAUCAAGGUAUAUGAUAAUUUUUUUAUAUGAUGAUUUGUUAUGCUCCUUCUAUACAUUCCAUAUGGUAUUCAUGUACAAUUUAUUCAUCAACAGGUAAAACUGUAGUCUGCAGGUAAACUCUAGCCUGUUACCACCUGUUGCCUGCAGGCAGGUAAACUCUAGCCUGUUACCACCUGUUGCCUGCAGGCAGGUAAACUCUAGCCUGUUACCACCUGUUGCCUGCAGGCAGGUAAACUCUAGCCUGUUACCACCUGUUGCCUGCAGGCAGGUAAACUCUAGCCUGUUACCACCUGUUGCCUGCAGGCAGGUAAACUCUAGCCCUGUAACAUAUUUCAAAGUUCUAAAAAAAAAAAAAAAAUUUCUCUUAUCUCCACUGCCACCUGAUACACUCUCAAGUGAAUGCAUAUUUUUAUUUCAUUAUUUUGGUUAAUUGUUAAUGUGUAGAAUAGUGUAAUUACACUACAGAAGGUAUGUUUGUCACUAUUUUACUACUGAUGCAUUUUUUAACUCACACUGAAAUAUUAUCUUAUUGGGGUCUAAAGCUUCCCUUUGCAUUCAUAUCUACAAACCAAAGUACAAGAUUCAGACAUCCAGUAACAUCAGCAUCAAAGAUUGAAUCCGUCAAACAAUGCUUUAGAUGUCAACUUUGUUCAGCCAAUUGAAAUCUCUGAAUGAAUACUACUACACAAAUUUAAUACAUUAUAAACAUAUGACUUAAUAAAACAGAUGAACCAUUGCUGACCUACAUUAUAAACAUAUGACUUAAUAAAACAGAUGAACCAAAGCUGACCUCUAAGUAAAUUGCACAAGUCUGCAUGGAAUGGAGAAUUCACCAACAUGGGAUAGUUCAGAUAUGAUGAAUCUAAUGCACAAAUAUUGUUAUAAAUAUUGAAUCUAGUUGUAUAAAUAAAAAUGUUGAUGUACCAUUACAAUUUAAAGCAUUUUAAUGUAAACUAUGCUAUAUUGAUGUUACUAGUAAAUUAAUUAAGAUUGUUUUUUUAUCCAAAUCAAAUUUUUACAACUGAUGCACCUUAAUUAAUGUAUCAAAAGAACUUGUGGUUAAAAUUGAUAGGAACAUUGAUGAUUAAUGCUGUUCUAUUGGAUUGAUCUAUAGCAGGGGUCUCCAAACUACGGCCCGUGGGCCAAAUGCGGCCCGCGAGGUCAUCUCAUCCGGCCCGCGGAGAUCUUUCUUACCACGGAAAAAACGUUUGUUGGUGAUGGCUGAGGAACUUUGCUAAAGAAAAAUCAAAGACAUGCCUGGAAGAAACUGGCCCCCGAACUGAAAUUUGAUAGUUAAUGCGGCCCUCGGACCGAAAACUUUGGAGACCCCUGAUCUAUAGCAACAAUGGCCACUAAUGGUGCUGUUCUAUCAUUUGUUUCAAAGUUGACUUAUGUUCAAGUUACCACUAGCACAGAUGUUCAGAUUCUAUGUUAUAUGUACAACUCUUAUUCAGAAUAAAAUAAU